AUUUCGGUUCGGAUUCGGUACUACUUUUUCGGGUCGGGUUUGGUUCGGUUCUUCGGAUUUUUUGCCCAAGCCUAAGCCAGCCUUGUAUCUGUGCUUGGUUUCUUCUGCUAUGAUCAGAUUCGCUGGCCAAGUAAACAUUGGAGUUUAUGUAGGCAAUGAUUUUAGCAGAUUCUAUAUAUUGUUGCCAAUGGUUUCGAGAGAGUGUAUCUCUAACGAGUGGAGGUGAAACGAAUCAAUUGUUUAGAUGAUUGAUUAUGUGCAAGCUGAUUUUGGUUUACUACUACUUCAAUAAUCUGAGAGCUUUCCAAGCUCAACUGUGAAAUCUGAAAACGCAAAAGUAGAUCCACAGUAACCUUUCUAGAGCAUAUUGCUGUACUUUUCUAGAUGUCUUUGGAGGAUUAGCCCUUGAUCAAAAUAUGAAGAAGUUUAUAUUUACUUUCUUUUAGCUUACAUCUCUAACUUUGAGUUUUGUUUUGUAAGUUUUAAUCAUUGAGAAAUUUGUUUAUAAAAACAGGUUUCAAAUAUCAGAAAUAUGAUAGUGUCGUGCUGGUACAUUAGUAUAUACUCCUUCUGUUUUAUAAUAUAAGAUUUUUUGCUUGAAUUCACAAAGAUUAAGAAACUUACUUUUUAAAAGAUAAAAUUAUUAAAUAAUAUAAAUUAAAUAUAAAUUAACCAAUCAUAAAUAAUGUAGUGAAAGGUUAUUGGUUAACCAAUUUUCAAUAAAAUUAAAAAUAUCAAAAACAUCUUAUAUUUUGAAACAUCAAAACUUCUCCAAAACAUUUUUUAUCAUGGAAAACGAAGGGAGUAUUUAUUAUCGUAGGUAAAGGUGGCCUGAUUAUUUAGUAUUUAGUGAAGCAUUAUCAUUGAUGGACUUGACUUGACUAUUACUUGUGCCCUGUUACUUCGUCUAAUGUUCCAAGUCACAUGACUCUUCUCGUCAAUGAUCGAUGUUAACUGCUCCAAAAAAGACAGAGAAGACCACUAAGAUUCAAGUUUGUUAUUUCAGGUGUGACCCACUUGGCUUUCAAUAUAGACUCACAUCAUUUGCUCGUACCCUUGUUCUGAAACAAACACUGAAAUGAAGAUCGCCUUCUUCAAUUUUUUCUUCUUUUUCUGCCUCCUCCAGUCUUGUACCUGCGACGAUACGAUCAUGAGAACACGGUCCAUGAGAGAUGGUGAUGUUAUAUUCUCAGAAGGGAAGAGAUUUGCAUUUGGAUUCUUCAGCCUUGGAGUGUCAAAUCUCCGUUAUGUCGGGAUUUGGUAUGCUCAAGUCUCUGAGCAGACUGUUGUAUGGGUUGCUAACAGAGACAGUCCCAUGAACGACACGUCUGGGGUGAUAAGGUUCAGCAGCAGUGGGAACCUCUGCAUCUAUGCAUCAGUCAACACAACAGAACCUCUCUGGUCGACUAAUGUUACGGAGAGUAUCCCGGAACCAACUCUAGUUGCGAGACUCUCUGCUCUAGGGAACCUUGUUCUGCUUGAUUCAGUUACAGGGAAAGGUUACUGGGAGAGCUUUGAUCAUCCGACUGACUCUUCUCUUCCGUUUAUGAGGCUGGGUUUCACACGAAAAGACGGUUUGGAUCGCGUUCUGACGUCUUGGAAAUCUCCUGGUGACCCUGCUUCUGGAACUUUCUCAUUACGGAUAAAUCGCACGGGGUUCCCGCAGCUGAUUCUGUACAAAGGUCUGACCCCAUGGUGGCGUACGGGAUCCUGGACCGGGUUGAGAUGGAGCGGUGUUGUCUUCCAAAUCUUGUUUGUUAAUAAUCAGGACGAAGUAUCGAUGACUAACCGCGUGAUGGAUGCUUCAGUCAUAACAAGAAUGAUGGUGAACGAGACAGGAAAGGUGCAACGUCUCACAUGGAGCGCAGGGGAGAAGAGAUGGAAUGUGUUCUGGUCAAUUCCCAAAGAGGAAUGCGACAAUUAUGCACACCGUGGCCUUAACGGUUACUGCCGUCCCACAAGUUCAGAAGCGUGCACAUGCCUACCUGGUUUUGAGCCAAAGAUGCCUCGGGAUUGGUUAUUGAGGGACUACACGGGCGGGUGUUCGAGGAGAAACAAAACUUCACUAUGCCGUGAGAAAGAAGGCUUUGUGAAGUUCACGCACGCGAAGAUUCCCGACACAUCAGUUGCACGUGUGGAUAUGAACAUAACAUUGAAGGAGUGUAAACAGAGGUGCUUACGGAACUGCUCUUGCCUCGCUUACGCAAGCGCUUACCACGAGGGUGUGGGAGGAGAAAAAGGGUGCUUGACAUGGCACGGUGAUAUGUUGGAUACAAGGUCACUCUUGAAUUCUGGACAAGACUUCUACAUACGUGUAGACAGGGAAGAGUUAGAGCGGUGGAACAAAAAUGGCUCAUUAGGGAAGAGGAGAGCCAUUAUCAUUGUCAUCAGUUUGAUUGCAGCCUUGAUGUUACUAGCUGUCAUUUCGUUCUGUUUCGUAAGGAAGCGACGAAAGUCGAACAGGGAUAGAAGAUCCUCAACAACCUUACCUCCAGGUUCUUUUGAUAUUAGUGACACAUUCAGAUUUGAAGAGGAUCAGGGGGGGAGAGAAUGGGAGUUACCUCUCUUUGAGCUUAACACGAUCGCUACAGCGACUAACAAUUUCGAUUUCCGUAACAAACUUGGAGAAGGUGGUUUCGGAUCCGUUUAUAAGGGCGUGUUAGAAAACGGUAUGGAGAUAGCAGUGAAGAGGUUGUCGAAAAACUCAGGCCAAGGAAUGGAAGCGUUCAAGAACGAGGUCAAGCUGAUAUCAAAGUUGCAGCAUCGAAACCUCGUGAGGAUGUUAGGAUGUUGCGUUGAAUCAGAAGAGAAGAUGUUGGUAUACGAGUAUUUACCAAACAAGAGCCUAGACUAUUUCAUAUUCCAUGAAGAGCAGAGAGUGGAGUUGGAUUGGCCAAAACGGAUGGAGAUAAUAUGCGGGAUUGCUCGCGGAAUCUUGUAUCUACAUCAAGAUUCAAGACUGAGGAUCAUCCACAGAGACCUCAAGGCCAGCAAUGUACUACUUGACAACGAAAUGAUCCCCAAGAUUGCUGAUUUUGGCAUGGCUAGAAUCUUUGGGGGAAAACAAAUCAGAGGAAGCACAAAUCGGGUCGUCGGAACAUAUGGAUAUAUGUCACCUGAGUAUGCAAUGGAGGGUCAUUUCUCCGUUAAAUCCGACGUCUACAGCUUCGGAGUAUUGAUCUUAGAGAUCAUAACAGGGAAGAAAAACAGUGCUUUCCACAAGGAAUCUUUGAACCUAGUUGGACAAAUAUGGGAUCUAUGGAACAAAGGUGAAGCAACAGCUGUCAUAGACAAACUAAUGAAUCAAGAUAUUAAUGAUGAGAGCGAAGUGAUGAAGUGCGUACACAUUGGGUUGCUUUGCGUGCAAGAAAACGCUUCGGAUAGACCAGACAUGCCCUCAGUUGUGUCCAUGUUUGGUCAUAACGCCAAUGACUUUCCGCCUCCUAAGCAUCCUGCGUUUACGUCGGGAAGGAAGCCACACGUCAAGAAUGACGACCUCAGUGGAGAAAACAGCACUUCUGUUAAUGACGUUACUCUCACCGAUGUUUAUGGCCGUUGAA